AAUAUUCAGUGUGAAUGAGUGGAGCCGGACAGUGGGGGAUGACUAUAGAGGAGGGUGGACUUCUUCAGUCUGACUAAAGGCGCACGGUCAUGUUGCAGCGCAGGGUUUUCCACGCAGCUCUUAAACACCUUUUCACAGGGACCCAGGAGCCCCAUAAAAGUCUGCAAUGCGGGCUCCUCUGGGGACACAGGGUGGUCUGGCACAGGAGCAAAUCAAGUCUCUCUGAUGUGAAGGAGCGGACUCUCAUUGCCAUAAAGCCAGAUGGAGUUCAGCGUCGUCUCGUCGGACAGAUAAUCCAGCGGUUCGAGCAGAGAGGGUUCAAGUUGGUCGGGCUGAAGAUGCUUCAGGCAUCACAGGACAUCCUGUCUGAGCACUACUGUGACCUGAGGACCAAGCCUUUCUAUAGCAGUCUGCUGCGCUACAUGUCCUCAGGACCUCUAGUUGUGAUGGUGUGGGAAGGGCACAACGUCGUUCAGACAUCACGAACCAUGGUGGGAAGCACUAAUCCAGCUGAGGCGCAGGCAGGAACCGUCAGAGGAGAUUUCAGCAUUCAUGUCAGCAG